AUGCUUCAUGACCAGACGAAAUGCCAAACGCAUAAUAACAGUUCGUGGUUUCGUGAAUCUUUACGAACGUCAUCCGAGCCAGUUCACUUCUAUGAUUACGAGCGACAACUAAAACCACCAAAAUCCUUGAGCAAUUUUAAAUCACUUUCAUCAGUCCUUGGAAAAAACCGAAUAUGUCCAAAUGAAUUUCUAUCGAAUCCAUAG